AUGUCACUAGAAGUUUUGCUGCGCCAGCCGCUGCCGGCGCAAAUCGAAGAGACUCUCGCGUCGUUUUCGCCUUCAAAGCCUGCUCAUCAAUUGCAAUUGGUGACAGCCCUCCUAAAAUAUACGGUUCCCGAAGCGUUUUUGCACGUGCCCAAAGAAACCCAGGAUGCCAUAGCCGCUGCGUUCCGAUCUGCUGUUGGACUCGGCAAUCUCGUGGCGAAAAUCGCCAUGUUGUCCUCGCUGAAAGCUGAUCUUUCUCAGGACCUUGUGGCGGCGCUCAACUGCCAUCUUGCGCUCUUGGAAAAAGUGCUAGCGCCUCGGAUCCUUCUCCAAAUGGCCCGCCUGCCGCUUGAACUUCGCGAGGCCGAUAAGCUUUUGUUCCGAGGCAAAUGCUACUCGGUGGUCCGCGAGGCCGACUUGCGGUUCCAUGGCCUUGUGGUUCCGCGUGCUCUUUCGUCCAUGUCUGCGUAUACGGGAUUCUUGUGCCGAGAGCUCUUUUCGCUCUAUGGAGAAGCGGACAUCCGGGCAAUAAACUCGCUAGUGCUGUCGCUUUUCUCCUUGAGCGCAGAACUGGCCCUGUUUUUCUACGAAUACGUUUUCCACAGAGAGUAUAUUGCACAUCUCCAAAGCUCGCUCGAGAAUAUGAAACGAUACGAGCGCAAGCUGCUUCUCGCCAAGUUCUUUGAGUUUGUUUCUGUGCGCUUCUUGCGUAGCAGUGCUCCGCAACUCGACACUAUAGCGGCGCUAUACGUUUUGGCCAGAACGUAUUUGGACACAUCCGUGUGGGACGAGUUUAUGGCCAACCACAUAGUUUCCCGCUAUAAUUAUGCGCUCAAUCUUCUAUUUGCGCUUUCUGCAAGCGGAGACUUCGAUGUCUCGGCGUUUGAGCUGCUUUUGCUACGGCUUUUGGCCGCAUGGGGAAACCCUGCCUUGGUAACGGAAGAACCUGUGAUCAGACAAGAGUACCGAACCCACAUGCUUCUUUGCAUGUGCAUGCAGUUGCCGCAAUCGAGUAUCAAGCGCAUGAUUGGAGACAGCGCCUUCUUGUCGGCCAUUUCGACCCGACUCUCUUCACAUUCAGACCGAGUGAAGGCGCUCGGUGUCUUUUUCGCUGACUCCGUCUGCGUAAUGGCCGGCGAACAGAAGAUUUUCAGCAUGGACAAUAUUAACAUCGAGCUUGAUAUCCCGACGACAAGACUUAGGGCUUCAGAGAUACAUAUCACGCCUGAUGACGCCUGGGACAUCAUUGAAGCGCCUGAAGUGGUCGAAUCGCCUACUGAAGAUAUGAAAGAGAUGGAACGAGCAUUCCAGCCUAUCUCGCUUCGAGAUGAGGAUGCAAUGAGCGAAGAAGUGGAAGAAGACGAUCCCACAAUGCAAUCCAAACCAGUGUCUGCUCCCAUUUACGUGCGAGAUAUUUUGGCAUAUUUAUCGGCAGAUACGAAAGAUGCUCAAGCUUACGAAAAACAGAAAUUGGCGUUGCAGGCUGCGCCCACUAUCCUUCGUCAGAAACUGGCUUUUGGGACCGAAGUGGCUUUUUACGCAGAAGAGAUCAUGUCGCUCCUUGCGGGGCUAACAAACCAGUUCGACGAGGCAAAUUUUGAAACGUCAAAAUUGAACGCAAUGAUUGCUGUUGUUGUCAGUUAUCCAAAGGUGACUGCGCACGUGUGCCAUCUUCUCUUGACGGGUGACUACUCUCUUCAACAGCGCAUGUGUCUUCUUUCCUGCAUUUCUUUGUCCGCCAGAGAACUCCGUGGCUACGACGAUGAGUCCGUCCGCCAAAGCUUCCAAAAAACCGAUUUCCCCUCGAAAAAACUCCCUCCCCAGUUGCAUAAUCAGUACAUGGCGUCGGAAAACACGGACUAUGGUUAUAACUCCAUAGAGAACUCGAUACAGAACCAGCUAAUGCAAGAAGCAUCAGAAGAAGCACGCGACGAACUUAGCGGAGGCAAGAUUUUGCGUAUAUCACUGGCUCUCAAGAAGAAAAGCACGGAGUCUUCCAAAGAGGUUUCAUUAUCGAAAGAGGCCAUAGCAAAUUUCCGCAAAACAGUUGGCCAUACAUUCUUCUUCCCGCUAGUAGCCGUGUGGUACGAAAGCGGAGGAAUUGACAUCGGACCUUAUACCCCCAUAUUGAUUGCGCACUUCAUUCGGACGCUAUCUCUCAUUUUGCAUGCGGCAUACCCUGCUGCGGUUGACCUUAAUGACAUGAUAAGCGAGUAUGUGCGCUUAAUUUGUCCUGUGAUACAAAUGGUCACUCCUGAUCAAUUGCAGGUGAUUGAAAGUGCUGUGACUGGAUUUCUUCUUGUGUUAGACAUUUGUGACACUGAAUUUCUUGUGCAAAACUUUGGCCAGCAGAUUACUGAUGUGGAAAGCGCCGUCGCCUCGUGGUGGGAACUGCUCAUAGAAGAUAAAGUCAAGAGCUUAUGUGCUGGGCUUCUUUUGCGCAUUGGAGAAAUGAAGAAGUCUAUGGAAACUCUCCUUCUUGACCGUGCUAGUCAGGGUUUCUUUUAG